AUGGCGCCCCUAUUCCUUCUAAUCUCGCUAUGCCUUACUCCAUUCGUGGCUGCCGCACACACCGAAAGCUUUGUUCUCGUUCAAAAUCUCGCCCGUCAAGCACGUGUUGAUUUGGAUCUAACUGGAAAACAAUCUUAUGCCAUCUACGAAACCAUCCCUGUUAAAGGUGUUGACAAAAUUUUACCGUUCCACACCCGUAGGGGAGUGGUAAACGGUCGGGUCAGGUGCGAUGAAAAUGGAAAUUGCGACUUCGUUGGAGCUCUAUUUCAAAUGGAUACUGGGGGUAGCGUGGCUGGAAUCGUGGGUGGCAAAACUUCUGCACGUGUUGAAACACCUUGGAAACUCCAUCAUGAUUAUGAUCGUAAAACCAACACUUACGCAAAUUUCGGGGAGCUGAAUAAGUACGAAUGGGCCGGUCCGACCAAGCGUUACACCGAUCAACAGAUAUACGGUUUUGCCGUAGCAUGGUGUCGAAACCUUUUCCAUCGAAGAUACGAUAUGUUCAUGAACAACGAUCAUCAGUUUGCCCGCGCUUUAUACAACCAAAUAAAGGAAAAUAAGAAUGCUAUGUAA